UGAUGAAAACCACGUGUUGUUUUGGUCGGCAGAACAGUUCCGUGUAGGCAAAAACAGAUUGAACUGAAAUUUGGAAUAUUGUUCGAUCAACUAUACUCGUGAAAUACCGGUAACAACCGUGUGAGGAUUCCAGGGAACUGAGAACAGAUUUGGGGACCUUUUGUAUCGUCUCAGAAUGGCUGCACAAUACAAUGCAUUAUCACCAGCAGAGAAGGCGCCAUACAUGCUUCUGAAAGCUAUCCAUGAAGACAACGUCGCCGUGGGAACACAACUGUUGGCGAAUUAUGAUAUUGAUGUGAAUUUCAGAGGCGAGCUCCUGUUUGAAGGCUUUACAUUGCUGAUGCGAGCAGCUUUCAGUUCCCCAGGGAUGUGCAGAAUCCUUCUGGACAAAGGAGCCGACAUCAACUUGACAUUUAGCGAGAAUGGUGCCACCGCGUUGAUCGCCGCUGCUGAACGGAACACUGAAUCCUGCAAGAUUCUCCUUGAAGCGGGUGCAAAUGUCAACCAGGCCGAUGACAAUGGUUCAACGCCUCUGCAUGCUGCGGCUAUGGCAAACCCAACAGCCAUCCCAGUGUUAUUGGCCGCAAAAGCUGAUGUGUCUGCAGUGGAGUCUCGGGACUUAGGAGGCAGACAGCCCCUGCACUAUGCAGCUCAGAAGAGCCCAGAGGCCUGUAAACUCCUGCUGGAUGCUGGGGCCGAUGUCAACGCACCGCUCAAUAGUGAGGAGGCAGAAACAGCGAUACUUGUUGCUGCCUCAAAGGCUCCGCAGUGCUGUCAGGUACUCAUCGAUGCGGGAGCAAAUGUCAAUGUACAGUUCAACUCAACCGGGGGUUCUCCUCUGCAUGAGGUCACGGACCCCGGAGUGGAUGUCAGCUAUUGCCAAGCUUUGCUCAAAGCUGGAGCUGACGUGGAAGCCACAGAUCAUACAGGCAGCACGGCAUUACACUAUGCAGCCAGGUCAAAUGCACCAGUCUGCAAAGCACUACUGGAUGCUGGGGCCAAGUAUGACUGCAAAGAUGACGAUGGGAAUGUUCCCAUGAUUUUGGCAGCUGUGGGAGAUAAUGUGGAGGCCAUUCAACAUCUCUUGGACAAAGGCGCACGCCUUGAUGAGGUCACUCAGAAGGGGAACAGUCCACUGCAUUGUGCAGCCAUGAAGAACAGCACAAAAGCCAUUGAAUUAUUGAUUGAUAAAGGAGCUGACCUCCAGGCAAAAAAUCAGGAUGGGUUGUCCCCUCUUCAUUACGCGGCCAUUGAACAUCCCGAAGCCACAAAGAUACUGCUGGCUAAAGGAGCUGAUAUCGAGGCCAAAAUGACCGAUGGAAUGACGCCAAUCUUCCCUGCAGCCCAUGCCAGUGUUGAGUGCUUAAAGCUGCUUAUUGAGGCUGGUGCUAAUGUCAACGUUCACUCAGAGGAUGGAACGACCCCCCUGCAUCGCGCCGUCCAAUCUUCUAACGUUGAGUCAGUGCAGUAUCUCAUUGAGAAGGGGGCUUCUAUUGAUGCUGUUGAUGAAGAUGGUAAAACAGCACUGCAUCAUGCAGUCAAGGAUGAUGCAGCAGUGUGCAAAGUGCUACUGGAUGCUGGGGCCAAGUACGACUGCAAAGAUAACAAUGGGAAAGUUCCAAUGUUUUUUGCAGCCUUGGGGGACAAUGACAAAGCGAUUCAACAUCUCUUGGACAAAGGUGCAAACUUUGGGGACACAAGUGAGACAGGGGAAACCCCACUGCAUAUGGCAGCCGUGAUGAACAGCACAAAAGUCAUCAAGAUUUUGAUUGAAAGGGGAGCUGACAUCCAUGCAAGGAAUAUGCAUGGCUGGACGCCUCUGCACUCAGCAGCCAAUAUGAAACACCCUGCUGCCAUGAAGUUGCUGAUCGCCAAAGGAGCAGAUGUGGAAGCCAAAACGAUUAAUGGAAUGACGCCAAUCUUCAAUGCAUCUAAAGCCAAUCCACAGGGCCUGAAGCUGCUUAUUAAAGCUGGUGCCACCGUUCAAAUUCAGGCAGAUGAUGGAGCUACGCCACUUUUCAUAGCCGCCGAGAAAGACAUCAACAGAACUAAUUCCAAGAUUCUCAUUGAGGCUGGCUGUGAACUGGACACUCAAGAUAAGGAUGGAGAGACGGCGCUGCACGUGGCCGCCCAGCACAACGCCCGUGCGUGCAAAGUUCUGCUGGACGCUGGAGCUAGAAUGGACAUUGCAGCUAAGAACGGUAAAUUGCCCCUGCAUAAUGCUGCCCAAUCAUCCAAUGUCAAGUCGCUGCAGUAUCUCAUUAACAAAGGUGCUCCUCUUGAUGCUGUUGAUGACGAUGGUUGGACUGCUGUCCAUUAUGCCGUCAUGAAAGAUGCAGAGUGUGUCCGACGUCUACUCAGAGCGGGUGCAAAUGCAGAAAUUAAAAUGAAGGCUGGCCUUUCAGCGUAUGGUCUGUGCAUGCAAUACAGCCGUGACGUAGAAACGCUGGCCGCUUUGAUCGGUGGAGGGCGGCACAAUCCACACGAAAACACCGAACAGCAGACAGAAUCAGAUGAAGUAGAUGAAGAAGAUGUAGAAGAUGAAGAAGAUGAAGAAGAAGAUGAAGAGGAUGAAGAAGAAGAUGAAGAGGAUGAAGAGGAUGAAGAAGAUGAAGAAGAUGAAGAAGAUUGAGACCCAUUUGACCCAUACAACGUAGGGUGUUUGCGCAGGAUGAAAAAGAUGCUCGAAGAAUAUCAAAACAAAGAAGAUGAAAAAGAAGAAAAAAACAUUGAGGGGUCUUGAUUCUGGUUAAUGUACAAAUACGUACAUGUACUUGCAACGCUUUCCUUAUGCACAUAAGGCACAGAACGAUACAAGAACCUAUUGUAUCCAUGCGAGAAUUACAGAGGGUGCUGUUGCAGCCCGUCACAAGACCAAGUUUCAUGAAGGCCAGUGCUUGCAAAGAAAACAAUAAUGAAUCCUUUACUAUUAGGUUAUUAGGAGACUAAUAUGUUGACCACAAUCAGAAGCUACUACUGGUAAGAUGGCACCACAGGGCACCUGCAUGCCAGUGUAAUUCUCACAGCCAGGGACAAAAUACUGCAAAAUCCCGCGGGCUUUAAAGCUAUCAUAGACAAGCAUGGAACUUUGUUAUUUUACAAGGAGUUGUGGAAGUUGUGGAUGAUAUUCCAAGAACAAAAGGUCCUGGAAAAGUCUUGGAAUCUUGCAUUUAACCAAUACGUGAUUAUGCUUCAUACAUGUAUUUGCUGUCACUUUUUGCCUGCAUGGAGUUUCUGUAGUUAAUUUUGUUCAAAGCUUAGACAUCACGAUAUUUACACCUCAAAAAGAUUUUGCAGAGAAUUAGAAAUACUAUUACAGCUACAGAUAUUUCAUUUAUAAUGUACGUGUUACAAAAGAGUGUGAUACUUUGUAAAUGAAUUUUCUAUAAACACAGCCAAUUUCUUAAGUAGUUUCGUUUACGUUUCAACUAGUUUCACUAGUCAUCCUCAUCCUAGUGAAACUAGUCGAAACGUAAACGAAACUACGUAAUUAAUUGGCUGUGUUUAUAGAAAAUUCAUUUACAAAGUUGAAAUUUUACCAGCCUGAUAAAACUUCUUUCAUGAAAUUUAAUUCUUGUCAACUUAUUAACAAAAAAAGUAGAUAAAAUAUCAACUUGCAAAAGUAAUUAAUUGUUAAUGAUUUGUAAGAAUAUAUCCAUGCAAAAAAACAUUUUUAUAACAAACUGAAAUAUUUCUAUUCAAAAGUUCAACUAUUUUGUAUGCACUGUGUGUCAGCACACAUCAUUUGCUUUUGGUUUCAAAGCAUGGGCCUCCUAAAUUCCACAACAGUGUGUGGGUCUUUCUAGAUCUUAUCAUUUUUGCUGGACAUUUUGAUUCAUCUUAAAAUCCAUGAGUUCUUUCUUUUGAGUUAUUUGGGGCUUAUAUGUCCGUAAGCAGGGUCAUCCAUAGCCUUGUUCAAAGACUGGAUUUGAAUUUAUUCUCCUUAUAAAUUACACAACCGGUCCGUGUCAAGCGAGUUCUCAACAAGAUGAAUCAAAUGCAGUCUUGGCAAUAUUGGCAGCGCUACCCAGGAAAUUCCUCACGCGCGCUGUAUUCAAGCUAAUGCAUGUGCGUGAGGUAUGCUCAGGAUUCCCUGGGUAAAGCUGCCAAUAGUGCCAGGACUAGAUUUGACUCAUCUUGUUGGUAGAGAGCUCCACCAACCUGCGGCAACUUAAUUAACCGCAUUCAUCACGGAACCGGCUGCAAAAUAGGGGAAUACAAUUCCAGUCUUGGAUGAAGACUAGGAGGUUAUCCAGGGUAGCGUUUUGUUUUCAUUGUAAAGGAUAGGCAAAUAGAGGCAGCCUUUUGUAGAUACAUGUUGUUUACCUGAUCUUACGCCUGGAUACUGCAGUAAUUGCGACAGGGUUGCAAAAGACUUUUGUAAUUGAAAUCUGUGUAUUGUAGGACCUUAUUAAUGCCACAUUGCCUCCAGCAAGUAUUUGUCUAUUAAUUUGGAAUUUCGUAAGAAAGCGUGUGGACUUAAAACACAUAAGCACUUCUCCCACCCCUCCCCGAACUUCACCCGAACCCCCACCCACCCCCACUCCCACC